AAACUACCAAAAAAAAAAAUGAAUCUCUCUCAACUCUUCAUCACCAUCUUCUUUUUAUUCUUCCUUGUCUUACAAGUCAACUCAGCAACGGAUAAUAUGAUCGAACAAACCUGCAAAUCUUGCGCAUCAAAAUCCACAAUCUUCGAUCACAACUUCUGCCUCUCAUCUCUUAGUAACUCUCCAAUCUCUCCUCCUCCGACCAAUCUCUUUUCUCUUGCAUUAAUUCCACUGCUCCAAGCUCUUGACAACGCAACCGCAACAGCUUCCACCAUUCAAGUACUAAUGAGCGACGGAGGAGGAUUCGAAGACGAUGGUUUCGGCCGUGCUUGCCUCCGUGACUGCCUCGAGCUUUACGAGGACGCGGCGGAUAGAUUGGAGGAAGCCGUUAGGGUUUACGUUACGAAAGAACAGAGAGAUACUGUGAAUGUGAUGGUGAGCGCCGCCAUGGAAGCCGCCGUAACGUGUGAGGAUGGGUUUAAGGAGAGAGACGGCGGUGACGGUGGUGGUGGUGCCAUGACGUGGACGUCUGCGAUUGGUGGUGAGAAUUAUCAGUUGUUUGAGUUGGGUCAGGUUGCUCUUUGUAUUAUCAAUAUGCUUUCUUCUGUUACAUCUAUGUCUUUCUGAUUAGUUUCAUUCUAUAUUUUAAGAAAAUGAUAGUAUUGUGUAUGUUUCAUGUAGAAUCUCUUCUAGUUGUUAAACUUU